GCGUCUCUAUUCGCAUUGUUAUUGUCAUCACUAUUGCAUUCACAUUGUUGCUGUGCGUUUUUAAUUAGUUUUCAUUGCGAUUACUGCCGCUUGAACUGGGUGAAAAGAUGAAAAUCUACAAGCAGAAGCUGCGCGACGUGUGGCUGCAGAUGGAGGAGUUCCGGGCGUGGUUGCGCCGUGAUCCGGACGACUCCUACCGGGCGCACUGCCGCUUCUGCAAGUGCUGCGUGAACACCAAAAUCAGCGAUCUGCGUGCCCAUGCGGCCACCAAGAAGCACAUGAAGCACCUGGAGUACAAGCCCCAUUUGAAACCCUCGAACGACGGCCAGUUGGACAGGUCAUCCGCCAGCAGCUCCAGCGCCACUCCCUACAAAGUCAAGGCGAAGGCCCAGCCCAAGACGCCGACGGUGAAGAAGGAGAAGCUGAGUGCCUCCGACCAGUCCGUCGACUACGAGCAGAUCAUCGAGAACCUGGCCCUCUACGAGCCGGAGCAGGUCAUGUUCUCCAGCUGCUCCCUGACCGGCGGCGGCGGCGGCGGCGGAGAGCAGCGACUGGACGACGAGAUUGACGGCGAGGGCGAGGUGUCCACCAUCAGCAUCAUGGACGAGGAUAUGGUCAACAAGGCGGUGGCCAAUGCCCUGCGCACCCAGAAGGACAGCUCCCAGAUAUUCGGGGACUUUGUGGCCGACCGCCUUCGCCAGUUGAACACCGACGCCUCCGAGUUCGCCAAGGACAAGAUCAUGAAGGUCAUCCUGGAGGCGGCGUCCAUCGAUCGGGCCCCCACCUACAAUUAAUUUGAAACGCAUAUAAUUAGUUUUUAGUAUUGACUAGAGUUUGAAUAAAACGUGAAUUGUACAAUUAUGAUAUAUCGAA